ACAAGCUGUAAAGGAAACAAAAAUUUCUGCUCUUUUAAACUUGGUCUACAUAUACCAUGACGAUUUUGCGCUACUUCCACUUCGUUAGAGAAUGUUUUAACAAUCUUGUUUUAUUCAUUGUAUAUCAGGUAGAAUGAAUAAGCAGCGCAGGAAUCCCCAUGGUCAGGAUCACGAACGCACACCUCAGAAACAUCCAACGAUGGCUUCAGCAACACAUCGCAUGCAAUUUACGCGACGUUGCCAAGAAGUCUCGAGUACUUACGUCCAGGUACCAGAUAUGAUACUCAGGAGCAAGACAAUUCUGCUCACCGAGAUCAUCCACACGGACUGCUUACAUAUUAAUAAUGGUUUUAUAAAAGAAGCAGCCUUCAGCGCGAUUCCAUCUUGGACAACUUGCCUUGCGUCCAGUUCGAACGAAGACAUUGAACAUGAAGGUUUAAGGCUCGUGUCGUGAAAUAACACGUUUCCAUUCUCUCUCGAAACAUGACUUUGAAUGAUAUCGUAUUGAUUCCAACAAGUUCUUUUCCCUCGGAUCUAUUGGGUGAAUGGUGGACUCGCAGUCGAAACGGGCAAUCAACGAUUCAUAAUUAUAUACACAUAUGAUAGCAUGCAAAUGGCAACGCCGUGUUCCAGUUGGAUCACUCAUGAGGUGUCGCUCGUAUCGAUCGAUCGCGUUUUAAGUUCAUGUCAAUACAAGGUUGGCCUUACUCUAGGAACACUGAAAAGGAGAGCAGGGAGCACACUCACACCUGACCCCAGUGAAACUCGUCAAUUGCCAAUUGUCUUUCUCUGUGUUUAUAAUUAAACGAUUAUAAUUAAACAAUCGUGCAACACGCUUCCGGAUACGGUGCACCUUUGUGACUGUUACAAUUAUCGUUAUAUUUUAUUUUCUCUCACUUUUUUCUAUUCCUUACGGUUCUGCUCUGACAUGGUCAUUGGCAACAGUUCGCUACGAAGCUGCCCACUCGAGGCUGGCGAAGCGGUUUUUAAACGGGCGGGUUCGGUGAUCGUAUAAUAUAUAUUUAUAUAUAUAUACAUAUUUAGAUGCGUAUAUGAAAAUGAAUAUUAAUUACAGCUAGAGCUCAAGACAAACUGGUGGAAGCAUCGUAUCUUUGCACGAGCACGAAGCUGCUCUUCACCGGCGAUCGUCUUAAUGAUUUUGCCAUCCCUUUUCGUAGGGGUCGGGUCGAAACAAGGAGCAAGUGGUGCUUCAUUCAACAUGAAACUCAUCUACACACUUUGGUUAUAGUAUAUCGUACGAUAAGGCAAAUGGGGUGUGGAGGAAUUACGUACGUGAAAAAGGUACGCAAAGAGAAACUAUAUUGGGGAAGAAGAAAGGAUAUAUAAAGAGAAGAAAGACCGUGGAAUGAAAAUAAAAUGAAAUAAAAUGAUUUGUAAAAAUAGCUAUUUAUAUCAAACGGGUGUUUACACGUAUAAUAUGGUAACAGCAAUAUCGAGUAAGGAGUACAAGACCGGUUUAGCAAGGAAGUUAGGGGCGGAGGAAUUCUAGAUAAAAA